UGCAUCUCCUGUGCAAGUUUCUCUUUCUUCGCCUCUGUUGAGUCCGCCAUUAAUUUUUUUGGGUCUUAUUUGCAGCUGUGCGGUUCUCUUGUUCUGGGUUGCUUGCAAUAAUUGAAACAAAUCCAUUUAACGAUAAAAUUGCCGAGACCGAUUCUCUUCAGUGCACGUUAAACUUCUCGACGAAAAAAUAAAAAAUAAAAAUAAAAAUCUCUGCUCCGCCUCGACGACGACGUCGCUUCAGAUUGCUGAGAAUGGGUUUCAUAACUUCUUGGGAAGAAUUCGUUGAGCGAUCCGUACAAAUGUUCCGUGCUGACCCUGAUUUGACGAGGUAUGUGAUGAAGUAUCGGCACUGUGAUGGCAUGUUGGUUCUGACGGUUUCUGACAACAAAGAGUCUCUCAAGUUCAAAACAGACCAGGCACAGGAUGCUAAGAAGAUGGAGAAACUGAAUAAUAUUUUCUUUACUUUGAUGUCUCGAGGUCCUGAUGCUGAUGUGUCAGAGGUCACAGGGAAAGAACAACCGGAAGCACAGACAGGGAGGAGAGGAAGGGGAAGGAAACAAUAACUUUUGUUGGCCUUAGAUUAGAGAAUUUGGAGAUAUACUUCCUGACUUGUGGAUAACUAAAUGAAUUUUGAAAAUGCUGUUAGAUGCCAUGGAAGGUCCAUUUUAAAUCCAAUGUUAGUGACAUCACUGGGAAAACGUGGGAAAUUUUUGUUAUUUUAUUAAAUCCCAUUUAUUAGUUACUGAUUUGAAAUACAGCUUUUUGUUUA